GUACAUCCAAUCGGCCGAUCAAUCGCUUGCGAACGACGCCCUUUACUGGUUGCUAAUUUAGCCACUACUGGAAAAAUAUUCAACACCUUUUCAACAACAUUUAUGGGUGUCACAAUGGAAUCCGCACCAGUGGGCCCCGUGCCCGUGCAGAAAAUGUGUCCGAGCUGCGGUAACUCCAUAGUCUCGAGAAUCGAACACAAAUCCUCAGCAAAAACACAUUUAAUUGCUGUCAUUCUAUUCGUAUCUGUAUGCUUGCCUUGUGCAUUUGUGCCUUAUUGUAUGGAUUCUUGCAAGAACGUGGACCAUUACUGUCCCAAUUGCAAUGCUUACCUUGGGACAUACCAACAUUGAUGAUGUUUAGUAAGAUUCAAGACAAUCAAAUGAUUUUUAGCCUUUUAUUUGAAUUUUAAAAGUGUUUAAAAAUCUGUAACCUAAAGUUGUACCUUUCAAGCUUUAUCUCAUUGAAUACACUUGAAAAUUUUCGGUACCUUAAUAGAUCAAAUUUGAAAUAACUAAGAGGCAAAUUAUAAUACUUCCAACAUAUUUGAUUUUCUU